UUGGUCAAUUUGUUUGAUGUGCCAAGUUCGAAAGAUCUCAAAUCAAAAUGGCUGCUCCCUUGAAAGCCGUGACAUCAAAAAUCGGAAAUAUAUUUCUGGAUUCUAAGAAAGAAUGGCGAAAGAAGCCAAGGAAAGCUACACCACAGAAGCGAAAACCACAAUACAGAGAGGGCCUUGACGUGUGGGUUCGAGAUCCCACUGAAGUUUGGUUACCAGCGUCAGUGACAUCAGUUGAAAAAGAUGGAAGUUUAUGCAUCAAGCUGAGCAGUGGUCAGGAGUCUGUAGUGACACCAAAAGGAGACUACCCAUCGAUCAGUGGUAACCUGAAGAGCUGCGAGGAGACGGAUGAUCUGACGGCUUUGAACCCACUCUGUGAAGCUGCAGUCCUUCAUUGUCUGCGUUCCCGUUUCCACACUGGAGCCUACAGCACUUCGGCUGGCAUCACUCUGAUAGCGGUCAACCCCUUCAGGGAAGUCAAGGGGUGCUAUGGAGAGGAGGCUGUGCAGAGCUACAGAGAGGGCGCUGUUAAGACUAAAGCACCCCAUGUGUACGCUGUGGCUGAGAGAGCGUACAGUCAAAUGGAGCAUGGCGUGGGUCCCCUCAACCAGUCCAUCAUUGUUAGCGGAGAGAGCGGAGCUGGUAAAACCUGGACAGCCCGCUGCCUGAUGAAAUACCUUGCCACUGUAGCAGUCUACAAUCCUGGCGGUUUUGAGCCGUCCCCCGGUGACUGCAUCGAGAGAAGGAUUCUAGAUUCAAAUCCAAUCUUAGAGGCAUUCGGGAACGCAGGCACAGCCAGGAACCACAACAGCAGUCGCUUUGGCAAAUACAUACAGCUUCAAUUCGACAGGGGCCAGCACAUUAUUGGUGCUUCCAUCCAGACGUACUUAUUGGAGAAGACUAGAGUAGUUCACCAGUCCUCUGGAGAGAGAAACUUUCACAUCUUUUACCAAUUGUAUCAUGGAUCAACAGCUGAAGAGAAGGAGUGGUUGGGUCUCGGAAAGGAGGACCACAGCCUGAGGUAUCUACCAGUAGGUGACGGCAAGGCCGAGGUCCUGGAAGACCAUCAUGCCUUCAGGUCCACCAGAGCAGCAAUGACUAACGUGGGCCUCUCUGCUAACCAUCAGAGGGAUAUAUUCCAGGUACUGUCUGGCCUGCUGCACCUCGGUAAUAUCUGCUUCACCAGCGAUGGCGAGCUGGAACCCUGCGAAGUGGAUGAAGACAAUAAAGAUUACCUACUGUCGUCAAAGUUUGCGACAGAACUCCUGGGUCUGGACCCGGAGCAGCUAGAGAAGUGUCUGAUGUUUAGGAAGAUCACUGCAUCCCACAGCAAGAGAAAGAGCAUUUUCAUGAGACCCUGUACAGCGGAGGAGGCCGGAAACAGACGGGAUUGCAUGGCUAAACUGUUAUACGCAAGAUUGUUUGUGUGGUUGGUGACCUUCAUCAAUAAGACCACCUGUGCCGGCCAGUGGCGAUCAUUCAUUGGUCUGUUGGACAUCUAUGGGUUCGAGAGCUUCCAAUCAAACAGCCUAGAACAACUCUGCAUAAAUUAUGCAAAUGAGAAACUCCAGCAGCACUUUGUGGCACACUUCUUGCGAUCGGAGCAGGAGGAGUACACAGCUGAAGGUAUCCCAUGGCAUUUGUUCUCGUUCACCGACAACCAGCCGUGUCUAGAUGUCAUCGAGGGCAAAUCAAGCGUCUUCUCUCUCAUGAAUGAGGAAUGUCGCCUGAAUCGGCAGAGGGAUGUCUCAGCAUUCGGUAGCAGACUUGUUGAUGGUAUCCGUGGCAGCUACAUUUGUAAACCACCUGUCUCCGUCAGACACGCUGCAUUUGUCAUCAAGCACUAUGCUCAAGACGUCACAUACAGUGUAGACGGGCUGAUUGAGAAAAACAAGGAUCACAUUCCUAUUGAGUUGAUAGAGCUGGCAGCCAGCAGCGCUAAUCCAUUCGUUUGUGACUUGGUGCAGAUAGACCUGGCAGGCAUUCAGAACCAAUCUGGAAAGAAUGGGAAAGUGCCAGCCAAAACAGUGGUCUCUAAGUUUAAGACGUCUCUGGACAGCUUGAUGGGUACCCUGAGGUCUACAGCCCCUCACUACAUCCGCUGCAUCAAGCCCAACCUGACCUGUCAACCUGGGGACUUUGACAGCAACCAUGUAGUCAGUCAACUCAGGGCCUGUGGAGUGCUGGAGACAAUCGCCAUCAGCGCCAAGGGCUUCCCAGCAAGAAUGCCCUACACAGAGUUUUACGAUCGCUACAGAGUUCUCCAUCUCAAUGGUGGCAAGAUGAAUGGAGAAGAAUCUAGCGGAAGUCGAGAGGCUAGCAAGAGAAUGUGCGUUUCCGUCAUGGAGAGAAUCUUCCAUCUGGAGGAGGAUCGUGAGAACGAACCUGCAACGGCGCAGUUUGGAAAGACAAAGAUAUUCCUACGCGAUGGUCAGCUUGAAGAGUUGGAAGGUCAGAGGGCACUAGUGAUGUCAAAGGUUGUGACAUGCAUCCAGCGAUGGUGGAGAAGAUAUCUAAAGCAACAGAGCGAUCGACAACUCAAGGCAGCAGUUCUAAUACAAGCAGCUUAUCGUGGCUGGAAAGUUCGGGAGUGCCUAGUGGUUAUGAACGACGCUGCCCGAGUCAUACAGCAAGCCAUGCUGGAAUUCUGCAUCAGACGUCAACAGAUGAGGGAAGAGCUGGAGGCUAGGCAGGGGUUGCUGUUGGGACACAGUGAUGAUGGUUCACUGCUUGAAGGGGAGACUAGUCAGGGGUCUGUAACACAGCAUGAUGGCAGCUUGGCUCCAUUUGAUGAUAGCACCUCAAGUGAUGAGGAGUUUAUGGAAUGCAGAGACAGGCUCUCAGGAGUGGAGUCUUUGACGAGGUCCUCGCCAUGCCGCAAGUCCGAGACGCUAAGGACACUCUCAGGGGGACUGUUGGACCUGACGGCCCCCACUCAUCAUCAUCAGUACGGCCUGUUCAGCGCCGGGAUCCUACCCCGACGGUGCAGCAAGACCCAGGAGAUGACCAGCCGAGUGCAGCAUCUUGAGGACCACUAUGAAGACGAUCUGGAUGAGGAUGAUGACACGCUGGAAUCGGGGACGGCGGAGAGGAUGGCGGGCUCGGAUGAGACUCGCCGAACUGGUCUCUCCGGGACUUUGAUUGGCAUACUGAAGAAACCUGCAGUAGACUUUGCACUGGGUGCUAUUGUGACGGCUCUACUCCUGAAAGGACCAGUACAACUCUAGUGGGUGAGCCAUUUGGUGCGUUCGAUUAGCUUCCCCGUGUCGACCCCGGUGCGUUCGCAGAACUCUGACGUCAUUCCAGGGGC